AUGAAUAAAGUUGAAUUAAUUUAUUUAUUUACUGCACCAGAAAUUUAUGGAUAUGAAGACGCUGAUAAACCACCACAAGGAAUAAAAGUCUUAGCUACACUUUUAUCACGUUUUGAUUUACUUUGGAUAAUUCAAGAUAAAAAUGAUCGUGAAAUUGAUUUUAAAUUAGUUCGACAUAUUGCAUUCGUACAUCAAACGGGUUGUCAAUUAGAAAUUGAAAAUUUUACGGUAAAGACAUUGAAAUAA